AUGGAAUCUCUCGUCUAUGAAGAUUCGCCGCUGGCAGAGUACCUUCAGGGGGAAGGCGAACACGACCCGAACUGGCCUGUUCAGGAAUCCGAGAACUCCGACGAUGUCUCCGAUUCGACCGCAGCAGACUUCGCCCCGCGAGGAACGUCGAAGUUCCAGAGCCGGAUUCGAAAUAAACUCCCCAAGCCCCUGGACUUGAAGGUAUCGCACCAGAAAGCGGCCCUGGGGAAGAUUUACGACACUUGCACGUCCGCUUUGAACGCGCGAAUCGCCCGGAGCGACAAUGAACGGUUUCUGGAACAGUUCGGCUACGUUAUCGUUGCAUCCCAGUUGUUGAAUGAGCACAGCGCCCCUUCCUAUACAUCAGCCGCCGACGUUCUGUCCACCUCGCAGCCCGCAGAUCUUCCCUCGCUUUCCACGACGUUCGGACUACAAGGGGCGGUUGUCACCGCCUCGACUUCAUUCUCGAUCGCUUGGUUAUUACAUUGGAGUCGAUCUCGCACCGGAACCGGCAUCAAUCCUCGCAAAGUCGGCGUUCUCCUAAUCCUCGUCCCGGUGAUUGGAGUCUUCUUCUACGCUUUUGCCAAACGACAAUGGCUCAAAUACUUGCGGCAUCAAGCCGUGGAAGCGGCCGCGUCUUUCAUCAGUAACGCUCAGGGAUUCGAUUCCGCCGCGUCUGCAUCGGUUGUGUUCAUUCAGGAAGUUGAGCUGGUCUCAAGAGGUUACCGGAUAAGUACACCCAUGCCUCCUAUCAGUCGUCUUGAAGAUCAGGCCCAAACGCGACGUUGCCUGAGAUUGCGUCGGACCGUCUCCGAGAGCUUCUUUUCCAUGUUGGGUCGGUACAUUCGGGCGCAGCGCAUUUUGCAACCGCUCACGGAUGACGCGAAUUUGGCCAAAUACUACGACAUCUACGACAUCACCGAAGAGGAGCUUAUCGAAGCCGAAUCGACCUUGAAUGAGCGCACAACCGAUGAUCAAUAUUCUCUGCGCGCUCUGCGUACUCUGUUCGGAAGGUUGUAUAUCGUCAGGAAGAGCAUUCUUUGCUGUCUUUUGGCUCUCGGCGCCGACGGCGGCGGAUCGGAUAUCGCAAGAUGGAGCACUGCCGUUGAGCAAAUGCGCGACUUGUCUGAACUUACUGGGCACAAUGUCCGCAAAAUGAGCAACAUUCUUAACGAAGACGACCGUGAAGCUAUUCCUCCUUCCCCUCUGCCCACGGCUUCUCCGAACAAGGAAGGUCUCCGUGCUCAAUACCGAAAGCUCAACUCGCUCUCACAAGGAAUCCGUGCGCUCCAUGCCAAAAUGCACAUCAUUCGGGAACUUUCCAGCGCCAAUCUUGAGCGUGCGGACACUGGUGACAUCGAACCGACCCUGCUAUCGCAAUACGAAUCGAUAGGAACGGACAUCAAAAGCAUUCUUCAGGAAUGGGAGGCUGGGAAAUCGGCUCUCGCGAACAACAUGGCCAAACAGUCGAGCAUAGACCGUCUUUCGCGACCACCGAGCGGACUGUCACCCAUGCCCAUGUCUCCGACGCCUAGCCUAGGCGGGGCUACAGCGGUGGAAGGUAGCCCGACUGACGCACUCAAGGCCCUGAAUGGCGAACGACCGGACUCGAGUCUCAUCCAAAACACCGAUGACGAGGAGAUCUUUGAAGCUGUGGCUCUUCCGGCCCGUGCCAGCAAACGGAUGUCCAUGACGCGAGAGGAGCGCAUCGCCCGGGUCAAAGAAGACCGAGCCAAACAGGCGGCCGCCAGAGACCGUGUGGACGCAAACACCCAUAUGUUAAAGGAGCUCGAGAUGGUCAUCAAGCAGCGACCUAAGACAUCCCUCGCCUCAAAACGGGUCACGAUGUUGGAAGCUCGCCUAGAACAAGCCUCGCUCCUGAAGAAGGUCGUCGAUGCCAUCAAAGACCUUGUCCAGGACUGCAACUUCGACUGCAAUGACUCCGGAAUCGCCCUCCAGGCCAUGGACAACUCCCACGUUGCCCUGGUCUCCAUGCUCCUGAAGGCCGAGGGUUUCUCUCCCUACCGCUGCGACCGCAACAUUGCCCUCGGUAUCAACCUGGUGUCCCUGACCAAGGUUCUGCGGGCCGCCCAGAACGAGGAUAUCCUGACCCUGAAGGCGGACGACUCGCCCGACGCCGUCAACCUCAUGUUCGAGAGCGCCGAGACCGACCGGCUAAGCGAGUACGAUAUCAAGUUGAUGGACAUUGACCAGGAGCACCUGGCCAUUCCCGAGACGGAGUACGCCGCUACGGUUGAGAUGCCCUCGGCGGAAUUCCAGCGCAUCUGCAGAGAUCUGCACGCUCUGUCUGAGUCCGUUGUCAUCGAGGCCACCAAGGAGGGUGUCAAGUUCUCCUGCCAGGGUGACAUUGGCAGUGGCUCCGUUACCAUCCGCCAGCACACCAACGUCGACAAGCCCGACCAGAACGUUUCCAUUGCCCUCAGCGAACCCGUUGCCCUUACCUUCUCCCUCAAGUACCUUGUCAACUUCUGCAAGGCUACCAACCUGUCCGGCACGGUGUCUCUCUGCUUGUCUCAGGAGGUGCCUCUGCUCGUGGAAUACGGUCUUGGAAGCGGUCACUUGCGAUUCUACCUUGCUCCUAAGAUCGGUGAUGAGGAGUAA